AAUUAAUUAAUUGAGAUCUCUUGCUUACCCAGCUCUGGUUGCCUAGUGUGAUGAAUGGAGAUGUUUAUGCCUGGGAUAUUUUGCAUAUCUCAGCCAAGUAAUGGAGUGAUUUGACUUUGCCACUCUUCUAGAGUAUGACUUCUCAGGGCCAGAACCUUACCUAUACUGGGUUUUACAUUUCAGCUACCAAGUUUUGUGCUUCUCCAUUAUGUGGAGAAAUUGGAAGGCAUCAGGCCAUGCACACUAUUAAAAGACCAGGAAAGAAACAAAGUAAUUGGGCUGGUUGAAUUUGGAAGAUAAGGUUGAAAGAGAUUGGCUCUUUGAAGGGAAGUUCCAUAAAAGAAAGUACUGUGGGCAGCAUUUUAGCAGAAAGUGUGGAGGUUAGACUGUAGGAAGAGAUAAUUCAGGUGCACCUGAUUAACAAUGACUUCCUGAAGGAACUGGGGGUGCAGGGUGCUCUGUGUGUCCCUCAUUUUCUUCCCAAAAUAUUGAAUCACCUUUGAGGAAUAUCUUUUAGCUGCCUAUUAGCUAGGAAAUAGUGUCAAUCAGUAGCUUUAGGGUUCCCUUCUCUUUCAGAGAAUUUAAAAUAGACAAAUGCAGGUGAGAGUGAAAAAGGAAAAAAGUGAGACAAUAAGACCAGGAAACAUAGGAACUUUGAGAAAGGUUUAAAUAAAUUUGAGAAAGGUAAAUAAGAUAGUCUGGUGAUCUGUGAUUUGACAUAAAAGAUUUUCAUGGCCAAUUCCUCCUUUCUCCACCUCUCCUAAAAUUGAACUCUUGAACUGAUCCCACCCUCAGCCAGAUUCUCCUUAUCUCUUUUAACACUUUGUACCUACCCCUCCCAGUGCAUUGUGAGGUUUAUAUAAUUAUAGCAGGAGGCUUGUCUUCCGGGAACCAUGUUGUAUUUGUCCUAGGAAAACAGCAUAUUCAGUUACUCAGAAAGCCGGUUGGAAAAGCAGAGAAAGGUAUUGAUUUUUCCAGGGCAAAGUGAAGCAGUGCCUGGGCAUCUAGCUAGUCAUCAGAGUCACUAAAACCUGGAGGACUGAAGGUGGAAUUUCCACUAUUGUGCCUCCUGUUCUUGAAAAGGAACUGGCAGUAAACAUAGCAUUGGGUGAACUAUUGUGAAAUUAUCCACUCCCCAGCACAAAAAUCCUAACUCCUAAGGUUAGAAAUGUAUUGGACACAUUGCUGUGUCUAUAAAUAGGGAAACAGUAAUGGCCUCCUUCUCUUCAUACUCAAAAUAGAAGACACUCAUACCUGGAUGGGCAUUCAGGCACAAUGGAGGAUAAACGCAACAUCCCAAUCAUUGAGUGGGAGCAUCUGGACAAGAAGAAGUUCUAUGUCUUUGGUUUGGCAAUGACAAUGAUUAUCCGAAUCAGUGUCUACCCCUUCACCCUCAUCCGCACACGGCUUCAGAUACAGAAGGGCAAGAGCCACUAUCAAGGAACUUUUGAUGCUUUUGUCAAGAUUCUGCGGACAGAUGGGGUGUUGGGCUUCUAUCGGGGUUUCAUGGUCAACACACUGACUCUGGUCUCUGGCCAAUGUUAUGUUACUACCUAUGAGCUCACCCGAAGGUUUGUGUCACAAUACAGCCAAAACAACACUGUGAAGUCCCUAGUGGCUGGUAGCUCAGCUUCAUUGGUGGCCCAGAGCAUAACAGUGCCCAUUGAUGUGGUCUCCCAGCACCUGAUGAUGCAGCGCAAGGGUGAGAGCAUGGGCCGAUUCAUGGUGUCUCAGCGUUCAGAUGGCCGGGGGAUACUGGCUUUUGGCCAAACCAGGUAUAUCAUUCAGCAGAUCCUGCAAGUUGAUGGAAUCCGGGGCUUCUACCGAGGUUAUGUGGCUUCUCUGCUCACCUAUAUACCCAACAGUGCUUUAUGGUGGCCCUUCUACCACUUUUAUGCAGAGCAGCUCUCCCACAUCUGUCCUAAAGAUUGCCCCCACAUAAUCUUCCAAGCCAUUUCUGGGCCCCUCGCUGCUGCUACUGCCUGUGUCAUCACCAACCCAAUGGACAUCGUCCGAGCCAGGGUACAGGUGGAGGGCAAGAGCUCAAUCAUCUUGACCUUCAAGCAGCUGUUGGCAGAGGAGGGACCCUGGGGCUUCAUGAAGGGUCUCUCUGCCAGGAUCAUUUCAGCCACACCCUCCACCAUUUUCAUAGUGAUCGGCUACGAGAGUCUCAAGAAGUUCAGCCUUCGGCCAGAACUAGUAGACCCUACUCACUAGAAAUAGGUGGUAGGGAGAGGAGCCUGCCAUGCCUCGAAGAGAGGGACAGAGAGAAAGGAGACAAUACCCUCCCCUGGCCAUGCACACAGUUCUCAACUGGACUAGCUACCUGGAAAGGGAACAACAAACUGCCCUCAUUGAAUAAUCUUUGAGCUUGGAUCCCUAACUUAUUCUGUUUCUAACUCUCUGGCCAAACUGAGCCCCCUUAUCUAGGCUUCCUUUUUCCCUUUUUUAAAAGGGAAGAGUAAAGGAACCUUUCUCAGCUUCCCUCCAUCAUCAUCCUUAGGAUGUACAUAAGUUACUUUUCACUCUUCUUUCCCCUUUGACUGCUUUUCCAGCCUUCAAGGGACCAUGCUCUGGCUUCCUAUCUAAGUCAGCUGAUUCUUAAUUCUUUUAGGAUGGAGCUGCCAAGAAAACUGUAAUGCCUUUCCCUCACUUUUGGGGGAGUGCACAUCUCACCAUGGAGGGAGCAGCAGAGAACCUCUGUUGUCUGGAAAAUUCUUCCCUCUUUGGGGAAGUUGAUAGUUUGGGGUGAGGGAAUGGGAAGAAAUUCUAUGGAUUAAUAUGUUUAUUUGUUUUAAAUUUGUGAACCAGCCUGUUGUCUUAAGUCCUGCUAGAACACCAUUCCUGCAGCUGGACCCCAUAGCAGUUGGAAUAUGUACCUUUUACCCCACCCCUUACUCCUUAUAGCCCCUCAUUCCCUUAGUCUAGUCCCCAGUGAGCCUUAGACAGCACCUUUGACUACUGAUUCCCCAUCCCAUCCCCCCCAAACAUUUUCAAUAGUAGGCAUGAUGCCUGCAUAACUGAUGCUGGUUUAAGUAAAAUAGGCUUAAAGUGCACCCAGAGCAGUUAGAUUGAUCAUGUCAAGGGUUUGAAAAAAGAGAGGAGGAAGCAUACUGAUAAAAAGGAGGGGAAAGCAUGUCAUGACAGGUCAUCUUCAGCUCUUGGCACCUCCAAGCCAUUGAUAUAUUUCUUUUAUCAAUGACAGCAGUGCCAUCUAUCCCCUAAUGAGCAACCUCAGCUGAAGAAUAAUUUUUAUAGGGUGUUGCUAUCAGUUCACACCUAGGGGUACUGGAAAUUACCCGAGGCACUAAACACAGAAGUAUGGUGACAGUGGGGAGCAGCCCCAUGAACCCAACUACCCAAGAAACAGUUCUUAAAAUGCAGAAGGGUGCAUCUUUCCUCUCCAUUCACAUCCACUGACAUUUUACCAGCAUGAUACUGCCAAGAUUUCCUGUUGAAGCCCUCCAAAAACCUGGGAAAUUGAACCAUGUCAUUCCUUACUGCAACUCACAGAAUAAAUCAGUUAGUCAACCUUGCUAAUUUUCUGGUGGGACUACUGAGUUAGUUCCUGGAAUAGGUGCCUUGGGUAGGAUCUCUUGUUUCUCCCUAGGAAAGGCUAGGGUGCCUUUCCAUUGAAAGGUGCUAGCUUCCCAACAAACUUGAUAUUCCUUAUCCUCUAUACCACUACCCUGCCCACAGGUAUUUUGGAAGUAACAUCUAUUUACAUUUUACUUUCUCUGUAUCACCUCUGAUUUCCAUAUGCAUAUUUUUGUCUUUAAAUCUGGCUUCUUUUAGUCUUUCCUAUUCUCCCCACUUCCCAAGUUCUUUCUCCCAUCUCUCAGGUAUCCACCUAUUCUGAAACAUACAACUAGACUUGGAGUAAAUCAUACAAUGGAAACUGCUUCAUUCUCUUUACCAUUUGUAUAAAACCCUGGCUUCUCUUGGUUCCAGGCCCCUGUCCUGCAAGACUUUAAUUUCAGGCACCUUCGUCUAUUGUAGGGAUCGAGUUUGUACUAUGGGAAUGUAGAGGUGAUUGCACUCCCCCUCCCCCCCAAACCUCCCCAGCGAUGACUUCUGCUUUCCUAGCCCCCUUGUGUCUUGCCAUUUUCUGGUACUCUUAACCUCUUCUUGUUCCACAACUGCUGCUCCUGACUUUUAAGGGAUAAGAUAGUGUCUUAAAAAAGGGACUUAGGCCCACUUAUGAGUUUUAUUUGUAAUAGGGAUUGGGUAGUUAUCUCAAACCCUGAGUCCAGCAGUGGCAGGAGAGAAGAGAGCUAUUGGCUUAUUCCCUUCAGGGCAGGAAUAAGUCCAUAAGGAAAAAAUAAAUUGGGGCAGGCUAGAGUGUUUUUGUAUUAAUCUGUCAUAGCUGAAGUUCUCGAGGGAAGCAGGAAAUUACGUGGUUUGGUUGUGAAGGCUUGGGCAGAGGAGAUGCAGAAACGCAGGGACUGCUCCUUGACCGUUUGUACUAAGUGACACAUUGUGAUUAUUCAAACAGGUUUCACUGUUGCACUGUAUAGUCUGACGUAGAAUUAAAAAUUUUUAUUGUUUGA